GAGAGAGAGAGAGAGGAACAGAUAAAUGGACGGAAAGGAAAGAAAGAAAGGAAGAUAUGACAGAAAUUAAUGAAACUGAUAAGACAGAGAUGCAAUUCAAGGUCACGAACUGAAUAUGAAGUUCUCAAAACUCGUGUUCAAUAACUAAUAGUAAACACAACUACUGCCAUUAAUUAAUUACUAAGUGACAAUUUCUUUUCUUCUCUCAUCAGAUACUUAACAGGGAAGAGGGAAAACUAUUAUACAGCAACGCUACAAUAAAUCCCGAAAAAAGAAGAAACAAGAAGAGGAUAAGAAGAUUAAGAAACGUUUGCGGUCAGGAACCGUGACAGACAGAGACAGACGAUAGACGAUAAAAAAAAAAGACGACAUAACGGAAUUGAAAUAGAAAGAGAGAUACGAAGCGGAAGAAGAACAAGAGAGAGAGAAAAAGAAAACGAGAAACAGAGAAACAACUGGAACAUUUUACGAAGAAAGAAAACAAAGAGAAAAUGAAAUGCACUCCACACGUGAUGGGAAAAGAUUUGCGCUGAAAAUGUGAAAGCAAGAAAAAAAAACAAAAAAAAAACGGAACAUUAAUUUGCAUGAUAGAAAACGGAAGGGUUGGUGGUGUACCUGAGUGUUGACUGGAGCACACAGACACACACACGCACAUACACACACACACACCUGUCCGGAGGUGAAGAACAGGUGUGAGGAAGGUGUAAAGUACGGUGGGAGAGGAAGAUGAAGUCAUUCCCCGCAAGUCUCCAUCUCCUCCUCCUCCCCCUCCUCCUCCUCUUGCUGGUCCUCUUCAUCCUCUUCCCUUCCGUUACUGAAGGUGCAGCGGGAGAUGGACACCCACACCCAGCCGCAGGAGACGCACUACGGACGCAGGAGCAGAAGGAGGGUAUCGAGAACAUCCUCUCACUCACUACCAAAGAAGUGACGGAGGUUCUUGAAGGCCUUGGAGACACAAACGUUACUGCGGGUCUUGAGUUUGAGCGUCCUGAAGUAUCAGUAGAAGGAACAGAAGAUGGACUAGUGGAGGGUAACGAAGUGGUUGGCGCCAGUGGUAAUUCUGCAGAAGACGCGAUUAUGGACUUUAUUAAUGAGUUUAUUGGCAAACCGAGCGACCCUGAGCCUUCUGAUGUCGCUGUAGUAAAAAUUCCCAAUCCUCGGAAUUACCUUAACUUGCUGGUGGAGAAUUUGACCCGUGAAAGCCAUGGGGAAGAGGGGGAGGGGACGGAACAUGAGGGAGAGAAGCCGACGUUGAGUUAUCAUGACUUGGUGGUGGCAAACCUGACACGACAAAGGGUCGGCGAAGAGGGAGAGGGGGCGGGAGAUGCGGAAGACGAACAGGUGAGUUGCGGUGGCUUCGUUUCUCUUAACGAUGAAAUACAGGCGACCAUCACGUCCCCAGGCUACCCCAACAACUACCCCGCCAAUGUGGAGUGUGUGUGGACCAUCGCGGCGCAGAUUGGCACAGACUCAGACCAAGUGCAUCUGUGGAUCUCAGACUUUGAGCUGGAGGACGGCAGCUGUCGGUCUGACUCUCUGCGAAUCGUGGACAACCUGGUUGGGUCGUCGAUGGUGCUGUGCGGCGACCAGCGGCAACAGGGCAUCACGUCCCGGGGCAACACCCUCACGCUGACUUUCACCAGCGACGCCACGGUGGAGCACAAGGGCUUCCUCAUCAGGGUGUUCGGCCUCAAGUCCACCUGUGGCGAAGUGGUGCAGACGCUGGGCCAAGACCCUGUCUUCCUCUCCACGCCAAGCUUCCCCCUGACGCCUCCUUCAGAAUCGCAAUGCCACUGGUUGGUGGUGGCCAAGGCUGAGAUGGCCCUGAGUCUGUGGGGCAACCCGGGACAGCUGGAGGAUCAGGGAGUGAUAAAGAUUUCCACGGAAACCUUCGGGGAGUAUGAGAAAUAUGACCCAGACAAGAUAUACUUGUCUGACAUAUUUACUAUCAUGUUCACCGCCGCCCCUGACUCCGAGGCCUCGCAGCAGCAAGGCCUGCAGUUCCAAGUGGUUCCCACCAACCGUGUGGACUCCUGCAACAAGUCGCUGGUGGUCACUAACGAGUCAAUCGCCGUCAUCGCCUCCAGCAAGUACCCACGGGGCUACCAGGCAAACAGCAGGUGUUGGUGGACUCUGCACUACAAUGCUGGCCUUGAGUACCGCUCCAUACUCCGCAUGGUGGACUUCGACGUGGAGGAUGGAAAUUCGUGCCGCUACGAUCACCUUGAGAUCGUCGACGAGCGACAGACGGCAGCACAGCGAUUCUGCGGCGACAGGAGCGGCUUCCAGUACUCCACGGAGAGCCGCAAGUUGCUGCUGUUCUUCCAGAGUGAUGCAUAUAACCUGGGGCGUCACCGCGGCUUCCUCCUGGUGGCGGCCACAGAGCGGAUCAGGAACAACGAGUGCACGGUGCACAAAACCAACAACGUCACGUAUGUGUUUGCCUCGCCGCCGCCUCGCCCCCUUGCGCCAGACUACUCCGUCUGCAACCAUUCCUUCACUGGCCCUGUCGGUGGACGCUUCGCCGUGCGCUUCAGCCAUUUCUUCCUGGAGAAGAACAAAAAGUGCGAGACGGGAAACCACCUGGCAAUGGAGGACUCUGGUGCUGACAGAAAGGAAUACUUCUGCGGCGACAAGACAGGCCUCGCGUUUCUCACUGCUGGCAACCUGCUGAGCUUCUCCUACCACGCCACCGGCACGGACCCCACGCAGCGCUUCGAGGUGGAGAUCAGGGAGGUCCGUGAUCCAGGAUGUGGCGGGAACCACGUCUUGUACCCAGGCCAGGAGGUGGUGCUACACACUCCUCGCGAGGGUCCGCUGGAGCAGGACUGCAUCUGGGUGGUGCAGGGGCAGGAGGACAGUCUCCUCCUUCUGGACUUCAAGAACGUGAAGACGGAGGUGCAGAUCUCGCAGACUGGCCUCUUCAGCGACCUCUUCACUUACGAGCCGAGGACGCUGCACUUCAUUGGCCCCGCAGAGCGCUACAUGAUCCUGUCGCGGGAAGCAGGAAUCACCAUCACCGUGACAGCCUACGCCUCUUUCUCACAGUGCCACGCGGUCCUGAAGCUCGGAGGCCGGCCUGUGAUCGUCACGAACCUCGCAGUCGUGCCCUGUCACCAGGUGGUAACCUCGGGUAAAGAAAGUGUGUCGUCAGUCACCUCCAUCCAGUACACUCUGUUGUCUGCCAGCCAUCCCUCCACCUGCUCCCUGGAGGUGACCGACGAGGAGGAGGGCGCUGUCUUCGACCUCUGCAGCAAGGACUGGAAGCAUCAGUAUGAGACCUCCAGCACGAGACUGCACCUCAACGCCAUUGGGAGCAGCGAAGCGGAGAGCACCUAUGUCCUGCUGGUGUCGGCCGUCACCACGUCGUGCGGGGACACCUUCGACGUGCGGGAAAGAGUAAUUGUGAGGAGCAGGAACAUGGAGAGAGAUGUCACCUGUGUGUACAGGUUCGUGGGGGACGGCAGGAGGAUGGUGCUUGAUGUCACUACCAGUUCCAGGCGCGCCCUCUCCUACAUCAGGGUGUCCACCGACGGCUCCUACCAGACCCUGAAGGACGCGAACCUGUACGGCACGAUCUCCUUCGAGACAACCCGCGAGUUCCUGGUGGUGGUGCGUCCUUUCCCGCGCAGUGUGAGCUUCGUGAUCCACGUGACGAAGGCGCCGCUCGUCUCCUCCCCCUGCGACACCUGCAUCGUCCUGCGGGAAGGGAGUCAGGGCGUCAUCACCUCCCCUCACUCCCACGGCCUCGCCACCUACCCCGCACACCUCUCCUGCAGCAUCAAGUUCGAGUCUGAGGAUCGCAACAGGAGCGUGGUGUUGGAGGUUCAGCACCUUGACCUACCGAGCAACACCUCCCUGGACGUCCUCAAGGUGGUGAAGGACGACAAGGCGACGCUCAUCGAUCCCUCACGGGUGCCUUGGCUGCCUUUCACGCUGGUGCUGGACACGCCCUUCACUCUCAGAUUCAGGACCAAGACCAACAAUGAGUUCGAAGGCUACAGGAUACGCUACGACGCCAACGACUGCGGGGGGAUCGUGAGGCUAAAAAAGGACUUGCCGAUCACUAUACGAUCCCCGAACUCCUGGGGUCAAUACCCAACCCACACCCGUUGCGUGUGGCUCGUGGAGGCCAGCGGGUCCAGGAUCAGCGACAGGAUUAAGCUCAAGAUCGUGCAGUUCGAUGUCCACGAGUCAGACUUCGUGGAGGUGUUCGACCCGCUGCAGUCCGCCGCCCCUGUGGCCGUGUUCAGAGGAGACGCCACCGGGGACACUUUAAAGAGCGUCGGGCACCAGCUGAGGGUCGUCUUCACGUCUGACGGCCGCCACGUGAGCGCCGGCUUUACCUUGAGGGUGCGGGCCGUGGCGUCAGGCUGCGGCGAGGACAUAGACACAAGCCUCAGGGCGGAGGGUGUCAUCUCCAAUCGAGGCUCAAACUCAGACUCCGAGUACUGUCUGUUUCGCCUGAAGCCUAACCCUGGAAAAGUGGUGUCCCUCAAGCCCCUGAAAGACACCGGCGGCAAGAAGAACAAGCCUCAGGCUGGGGGAGGCGAGGACCUGCAAGAAGAGGAGCAGGAGGUGGUGCGGGUGGACGGGGAGUGCAGCAGGGGCAAGGUCGUGGUGUCCACCAGCGGAGCGCUCAGCGAUGGCGUCAGGUACUGCGUGGGCGAAGAAAUGCCGACGCUGCACUCCACUACCGACGUGCUGCUGCUGGUGGAGGCGCCGGCCGCCUUGCCCAUCUCGUUUGGUUAUCAGGUGGUGGGCGGGUGUGGCGGGAACCUGGUGGGCCCGGGCGGGAUCCUCACGUCUCCGCGUUAUCCUGAGCCCUUCGUGGGCCCCAUCACCUGUGUGUGGACCUCCCGCCUGUCCCUCCUGGUGACCGUGACGCAUCUUGACCUUGACCCACACCUUGACCACCUCAUCCUGGCCGAGCCCACUCGCGCCAUCACCCUUGCCGCCGCCCACCUCCCGCGGCGCGUCUUGCUGGAGGGCCCGAGCACCAUCACCUUCAAGGGCAGCAGUGUCGGGGUGAAGUCAGGGUUCCGCCUCCACUACGACUGCGUGGUGCUGCAGAGGACGUGGCACAUCACUCUGGGUAGCCCCGCCGUCAUCCUGGGUUGGCACAACGGGCAACCUGAGGCAAGGGCGUGGCGAGUCACUGCUGCUGAGCCUGGGCGUGAGUUUGUGGUGCGGGUAUGGGCGGCGUAUAUACCUGGCGACCCGUCCUGCGAGGUGGAUUAUCUGGAGGUGGUCGGGACGGAGGGCGGCAGCCAGCGGCUGUGUGGCGGCAUGAUGCUCCACACUCUGCACUUGCCCCUUCACGACCUGACCCUCCUGCUGCGCAACUCAGCCUCCAUGGCGGGCUUCGUGGUCACCGUGCAUCUCGUGACGUGAUAAAGACCGGCGCCAAGGUUCCGUUUGAAUGAGUGAUGGCGCCGCAGCAGCAGUCACGUGGCGCUGUGGGGAAGCACGGAAGUGAAGUGUUGAUGAGACCGUGUGUGUGUGUGUGUGUUGUAGUCUUGGCUGUAGAGUUUUGAAUGUUGCUGUUAGUUGUUGUUAUGGUUCUUGUCGCCGCUGCUGCUGCUGUUGUUGUUGUUGUUGUUGUUGUUGUUGUUGUUGUAAUAAGUUUUGUAUUACAGAGGCUCUCUUUUUAACUUAUUCCGUACUGUACAAUAUUAACGAUAGAAUACGUAAGUCUACACGUCUGGUUUUCAAGAUUUUGUUGAUAUAAUUUAUUCUCUAUUUAUUUUCUUAGUUAAGUUGCGGGCAUUGGUGGUUAAACAAAAGACAGAGAACACGAUACAUGAGACAGUCGAUUAACAAACACACUACGUUCUUAAUGAGACGGUAUAAUCUACUUAUUUAUUAAUUUUUUACUUGUUAACUAAUUAGAUUAUUAAUAUAUUUUCUCUUAACUAAACAACUUAUUUUUCUAUGUGUUUUUUUUAUGUGUUAACUAAUUAGAUUAUUUAUAUAUUUUUAUUUCUUAAUUAAACAACUUAUUUAUCUAUUUAUUUCUACGUGUUUAAGUCGAAAUUAGGUUAAAUUCUAAGUUGACAGUGCCACACAGGUAACAUUAGUACAGGUAAUCACUUGUAAGACAGGUAUGCGCAGGUGUCUCCACGAGGAUGGCCGAGACGCAACGCGGGUUUUCCAAGCAAUAAAAUGAGUGAAACCUGA